GUGUAUGGCUUUGGGUUUUCCAUAUUUAUGUUUGGCAUGACUUUGCCAAUCAAACAUCUUGGCCAAGUCUGCCUUCGGCAUCCUGCGGGCUAGGAACUUGGGGAAUCUCGACAUCACGUGGCCCGUUUGGAAUACGAGAUGAAGUGGAUGGUCGAGGAAGCGGAGGAAGCGGACCAACUCCUGUGGGCGGAUGAUCCCGCGGCGGAUGCCACACGAACAACAGAGGUUUGGGGUUUUGCCACGGCUCGCUGGGCAGACGAUGCAGACGAUGACGAGGAAGCGGAGGAAGCGGACCAACUCCUGUGGGCGGAUGAUCCCGCGGCGGAUGCCACACGAACAACAGAGGUUUGGGGUUUUUCCACCGAGCGCUGGGCAGACGAUGACGAGUCUGAUGACGAGGCCUCGAGCCUCUUCGAGGUGCACUGGGCCCACAUUCCGGUGGAGGCGGUGGCGUUUGAAGCAGAAGAUGAGCUGGACAGUGCCUUCCCGGCAACUCAAGUCUUCAAGACGGCCAUGUGCAAAUUCUGGCAGAUCGGCAAUUGCAUCUACGGAGAAAACUGCAAUUUUGUCCAUGGAGAGGAAGAGAAGCAGCCUCUCUACAAGGCGAAACUCUGCAAGUACUUCCAACGGGGCCAUUGCGCCAGAGGUGCCAACUGCACUUUUGCUCAUGGCGUUGAGGAAGUGCAGGUAGGACGCGCUGCGUGGGCUCCGCGCACACCUGAGAACAGUGCAUGGUACGAGCCAGAGAUGUAUUUUGGGCGCUGGGAGAACCAGAGUACGAGCCAGAGAUGUAUUUUGGCGCUGGGAGAACCAGAGUACGAGCCAGAGAUGUAUUUUGGGCGCUGGGAGAACCAGAGCUACUUCCCUUCUUCGGACGAGGACUGGCAGACCUUUGCGAUCUAUCAGCUGAUUACAGACCGCACCUUGGGUGCUUUGGGAGCUACCAGAAAUUGGGAAUGUGCCACGGCCCUGCUGCGCUUCCUUGGCAGAUUGAGUAACAUGGGACGGCGCCGCAGCCGCAGCGCGUCCUACAGCUAUGACUACAGCGAUAGUCGUAGCCCUUCCCGUGAUCGUAGACGCCGUCGGCGGCGUUCUCGUUCCCGUGGGAAGCGAGGGAAGCGGAUGAGCACUGUAGACAGGUUCAUCAAAGAGAAUGAGCUGAACGAGUCUGCGGCCGCCAGACUACGUGGAGCCACCAAAGAGGUGCGUGACGCUUGCAUUGACCAGGGCUGGAACGUCAUUGAGAAUGCGCGCAACGCCAGUGCGGUGGUGAUCUCUCGAAUCAAGAAGAUCGAAGAUGGCAAAAAGAACAAGAGGAGCCGCUCACGGUCGCGCCAGCGCUCUCCUCCACCGAAACGGCUAGAGUAUUCCACGGAACUGCGUGGAACUGGAUACCCCACCCUGAGCUUGCUGGAGGGGAUGAGUUUAGAGAUGGAGACUGGUACUGCCCAUCCUGUGGUGCUCACAACUAUUCCCGUCGCACUGACUGCUUCAAGCCACUUGGUCCAGGUCGUGUGGCGCGAAGAAGCCUACGGGGAGAAGCAAGAGCCGCAGCCGAAGCCGAAGCCGCAGCUAAGUCAGCUGCCACAGCGGAAUCGUGCCUACGCUGAGCACCAAGCAGUCGUCUCACGCGUGGCCAGGGGCCAGCUGGCACCCUGGGUGCCUCAGGUCGAUGCCGAACAUCGAAUCUUCCAGAGGAUCUGGAGUUUCAAAGAGGUCCUGGCACACGCCGCAAAGAACGGCUUUCAGGCCUAUGAAUUUGGAAUUCCACGGCCAGUACAUGAUCAGGAAGGUGCGGCCGGUGCAAAACGUGCGCUACGCGAGAAGUGGACCCUGGUGCAGAACCACGUGCACCGGAGCCAUGCGAGGCCAGCGCAAUUCCUCCGGAAUGCUUCCAUCCUCUUCGGGCUUCCUGGAGGUCUCAACUCCUACACCACGCCAGCCUUCGCCACAGGCUUUGGGUAUCACUUCGACCCCAGCGAUGCUAUCAUUUUGCAGGUCGAGGGGAACAAGACUUGGGAGCUGUGUGCUCGACGACUCACCAACAGCUUUAGCUUUGCCAAUCUCACGUACAACCAGGUGCCCGCAGGGGAUCCUGAUGUGAAGACCUGCAGCACCGUGGUGCUCCAAGAGGGAGACGCUCUCUAUUUGCCCAUUGGACAGAUACACCACGCGCGGACGUCCGAUCAUCGGUCCAUCCACCUCACUAUGUCCUUGAACCGACAGUUUUGCAGCUCCGCCGCAGUACUGCUGAAUGUUGCUGAACAGAUCAACCCUUCCAAAGAGGUGGGAUUUGCCCAGAUGAACUUCGUGUCAUGGGUCCAUGGCGUAGCCACCGAAGGCGACUUGGCAUUUCUGCACGAUGUGCCACGAGCCUUUCGCUGUUCAACUCGAGGUGGAAAAGGUCGAAAGCCUCACAUCGGAUGCGCUUCAACUUUCCUGAAUCGUCGCCUCGUACCACCAGUCAAGGAGGUGGCUUUACCCAUGGACAUGUUGAAGGCUUGUGUGGAGGAUCUACAGAUCAUCAUUGAUCGCCUGAGCGCCCAUCGGCGAUCACAGGAGGAUGUGCUGUCCAUGGCCGUGCGGGUCGCAGGAAAAGAGGAGCCAGUGAUGGGAAAGCUGAGACCCAAACAGGUGCUUCAAGGUAUUCGAUCGCUCCUAGCACCAGAGCCAUGCAACCGCACGAUGGUGGCUUGGCAACAUCUGUUGGCACGGCAACACUUCGAAUACCUGCAGACAUCCUUGGAGGAGCCCGAGACGCAGAAUGAGCCAGAGAGCUGCCAGGAUGCCAGUGACGACACCGACGUGUUGGACGUGUUGGAAGGAUUGGAUUUGGACAACCUCUUCGUUGAUGUCAAUGAGGAAGAGGAGGUCGAGACCCUCACUGGCAUAGGUCCCUGGUCCGGUACGCCAGCGCCCUUCACUUGGGAUCCAGGAGAGCGUCCUCAGGAGCAUCGAGGUGAAGGGUGGCCUUGCUGCAGCUUCGCUUCUUCGGUGUUGGAGAUCGGUUGUGCCAACGGUACAGCAUUGCCAGUCCAGCCGGCUGACGAGCACCGGGUGUUGAUCACCACGUAUGCCACCGAGCACGUUCACAGCUUUGCACGCUACACAUUGCCGCUGAAUGCUCAUUGGGCCAAACGCUUCAACCAUUCCUUCGUAAUCGACACCCGUGCGCGGGCAACUGGAGGCAUCGACGUGAAGAAUGCGAAAGUCAUGGUCAAGAAAUUUUGGGUUGAUCAUCCACAAAUCACAGAGCCCUGGUUGUUGUGGAUCGGUGCCGACGCUGCGAUCGUGGACUUUGGAGCAGAUGUGCUGAGGCAGCUGCUGCGGGCGACUGACAGCCACGUGCAGGUUCUCAUUACCCGCGAUCCACAUGGCCGAGCUGGAAACUCAAUGUCCCUCUUCAAUGCAGAUGUGAUCCUCAUCCGAAGGAGCCCCUGGAGUUCCAAGUUCCUUCAACGUUGGUGGGACGACCCUCGAAUGCAGCAGGGCCUCACCGAUCAGGAGGUCUUGGAGCUUCUGUACCAGGAGGACGUGAUGACCUGUCGCUCCAAAGGUUCGUUGCAGCUGCUGCCACCCAUGACUUUGAACUCGGACUCCCUGAGCAUCGUGGCGGCAGCGCCGCGAACGCAGCCGGUGGUGCAUUUAGGAGGCCAUGGUGAUACAGUGAGAGCGCAGUUCUUUCGAGAGGCUUUAGCACUGCAGCGCCAGGAUGGCUUGCAUCGCGACUCUCUGAAGCUGCAAGAUAUUUAUGUGGAAUCUUUGAGACAAGCUAUCAAGAAUCCAGAGGGAACCAGCUCGGGACAUGUCCACGACAGCGUCAGUGCUGGCCACUUCCAGCGCUUGGCUCGGCAACUUGAGGCGAAAGGCCGCACCGCGGAGGCCGUGGACGUGCACCGUGCCGCGCUGCGGCAUGCCACGCAGAACUUUGGUCCGAAGAACCAUCAGACCAUCAUGGCCCAAGUGGCCCUGGGCAGCGCCCUCCGUGCCACGGAUAUGACAGAGGCAUCGGCCGUGCUGAAGCGCAGCUGUCGCAAGCUGCGAGGACGCGACAGAUUCACGUGUUUCAACAACUUGGCCCUGGCUUUGGACUCAUUGGAUCACCACGUCGAGGCGGAGGUGUAUUUCCGCAAGGCCCAUGUCGGCAUGGUGAAGGGCCACGACGGCCACGACAGUUUGGGCACGGCCAAUGUGGCGGCCAACUGGGCGCGCCAGUUGCAGCGCCACAACCGCCACGCAGAGGCAGCAGCUCUGUACCACUCUGCGUUCACCACUCGCAGGGCUGCGCUAGGCGUAGCACACCCUGAGACUUUGGAAGUUCAGGCCUCAUGGGCAGCGUCUUUGCUGUCACUGAAUCGUUUGGCGGAGGCUGAAGAGGUGCUACAGGAAGCUUUGCCGCACCACCACCAGCUUUCCGCAGCUGCAGCCCAGGCGCACAGCACCCUUGGCCAAGCACUGCGACUUCAGGGCAAGUUGUCUGAAGCCCUGGAGCAUUUUCGCUUCGCCUACCAGAUAUUCUCAGACCAGCGAGGCAACCAUGCAGAAUCCAACGUGUUUGCUGCUGCAAGCAAUUUGGCGUCGAUGUUGCAUGAUGCAAAACGUUGGGAGGAGGCCGAACAGAUGUUUCGGGUGGCCAUUGAUGGUUUGGAGCAAACUUUGGGGAAGCAACAUGCGAACAGCCAAGCUGCGCGUGUGAACUACGAGAGUUUCCUGAAAGAUAUGGCUGCAGUCCAGCGUCGGGAACAGCUUCCAACGGCCAGUGCAAAAUGUUCCACUGCAACGAUGUCAGAUGGAAAAAUCCUGCAGUGCAUCGCUGCAGUUCGUGUGAUGAGUAACGGUUCCUAUGGCACCUGCCAGGGUAGAACUUCGAGAGAUUCCAAUGGGUCGAAGGAGCCCCAUGCCAAAUUGAUGGUGCAUGGUCCUAUCUUUGUGGAGAAUCCUGAUGGUUCCAUCACAGAGGCCGUUCCGUCUGAUGCAAAGCAGUCAAGGCCCAAAUCGGACCGCGACAGACGAAGGGAGAGUGCAGAUGAUAGCGAUAGCAGUGGAACUGGUUCCGCCGCGGGCAUCAGCAUGUCGCAAGAGGCUGGCAAUGCGCAGUUUUCUCCGGCUUUGUACAAUGUGGAGAAGCAAUUUUGA